AUGCUCAUAUUUCUAACUCUCUCUUUCGUUCGCUCCUUAUAGUAAUAUGAAAUCCUUAUCGGCAACCCUCAAAUAAUUGAGUAUUAUUAAACCUCAGGAAUCAUAAUAGAACAAAAUCUCACAUCAUCUGUAGAUAUGAAUUUAACUACUUCCCCUUGUUAGGUUGUGCCAUAGUAACUAAUCAAUCAGAAUUUGUUAUAGCAAUCAUUACCUAUAAUACCUUAAUAUAAAGCUGAGUAGUUUUCCUAAUUUUUUAAUGAUGGCCAAUUUUCAGGAUUGAUACCUCGUAUCAUUUCAUUUGUAAAUGUUGGGAAUGAUGUAGUCAUUUUAACAAAUUCAGCAGAACUUAUAUAUCUUCAAUUUUUUAAUGAAACCUUUGUUGUAGCAGAUAAAAUUAAUCUUAAUAUUAAUUUAACCAUUUUGUAGUAUCCCGUUUUUAUGGAGAUAAUUUAGAACUAACUUAUUAUUAUCAUGUAUUCAGAUACUAUAGGUCUUACUUUAGGCGCAAAGGCUGAGAAUAUUUUUGAGAAAUCCUUUAGAAUUUACGAAUCUUUCAAUACUAAUAAAAUCAUGAGUGUUGCUGUAGUCAAUAAUAUGUUAUUUAUUGCAAUGGGGGUUGGAGGCUUACACAUAUUUUAAUUGAAUGGAUAAGUGCUAGGUUCAAUUGAUUUUUAGUAUUCAAUCAACAAUGCAACUGAUCUCAAAGUGUUUCAUCAAUUCGAUGUAUAUUUUAUUUAUUUACUUGAUUAUGAUUUGGGAGUCGCAUCCUUCAUAUACAAUCCCAAAUCUACUUUGAUUUAUAAGAAUGAAGAACUAGGCACAAUACCAUUUUCUGGGGAUAUUAUUGAUAUUUACAAUAAUACAAUGAUGAUUGCUCAUUUUUAGGAUUAAUAAACAAUUAUUUAAGAAAUUAAAUUGAAUUAUUCUGAUUUUAGUUGGAAAUAAGUAAAUAAACAUGUAAUCAAUUACAUUAUCGUUGAUAUUGAGAUUUUAGAUCAUGUUGCCAUAACUUUGGGUCAAAAUGGAAACACAGUUAUAUUUCAUUCAAUUCCAUCAGCAUUUCAAAUAAAAUAGCAAAGAUUUAUUAUGCCUUCCUUGAUUAAAUUGAAUUUCAUCAAAACUUAAGGAUCAUUGUAUCUGAUUGGUGUUAGUCUACAUAACUUUUACUUUUCCAAGUUGGAAUUGAAAUAGAGUUACUUAUAUUGUUACUUUGAACAUGAAUAAUAGGUUGAACUCAGCUAUUCUCAUAUUUCUGAAUGCACAAAAAAGGAAACUGGCAUCUGCACUUAUAAUCAAGAUUAUAUAAUACAAUCAAUCAAGCCAAUAAUUACAACAGAGUAAAAGUAUUUAGUUUAUUUAAUUCUAUUCUUUGUUGCAUCAGCCUUUAUUUCAAUUGUGGUUGUACUAAUCAAGGAAUUCAGGAAAUAUCAUAGAUUUGUUGAUAACCUCGAGAUGAAUGUCCAAAAAUCAAAUGAAAUUUCUAUGGAGACAUUUGAAAGCCCAACUAAAAAUUUUAAAUACAAUUAAACUAAAACACACUCAUCAUAAUUUUCUAUAAUCAGUAAUAUAUCUAGAUUGCAUUAAGUUUAAUGA